ACAAAAUGGAGUCUAAAAAGGAUAUUGGAGGGCUAAGUUCAAAACUGGGUAAAACUAAAACCCAUUGCCAGUACAUCAAAGAGAAGAUGGAGAAGAUGAAGCUCCUCAACUCAAAGUCUGAGUACCUUAAGGUUCUCAAUAGUUUCGAACUGGUGUCUGAGGACAUCCAAAAGAUUAAAGAGACUCUUGACCCAAUGUACCACCACUAUGAGGUCUUACCUAAGAAAACAGUUGGGGCAGACAAGAUCCCGAUUGUGGCUGAUCUUGUAGGCUCUAAGAGAGACGAAACCCUCAAAAGAAAAGAAGCAGAGGUUAAUGAAAAAUGCCUUAAGCAAUUAUUUGACACCACUGAGAAAGAACUGAGGAAUAAUCAUAAUAAGAUGGGUGACGUCCAGAAGCACAUUAUUCAGAGGAACAACUCCGUGAGGGAUACCUGUGACCGCCUUUUGGCUAAUAUCGAAAGUAAAUCUGUUAAAUUGAAAGGACUCAGAAGGAUCAAAGGUAACGCUCAAAAGCAUUAUAAAGGAGAUUUUAUGGUGAAUAAUGAGAAAGGAUACCAGUUAAUGAUUGAUAAGGUCUAUGAGAUCCUUACUCAUGGGCCUUCACAGAUUUAGACCAGGAGGUUGGGUUAAUUAUUUCAAUUAAGAUGCUUAA